GGUCGUCCAUGCUAAACAUGAGUUCUUUUUAACAUUGUAACUGUCGCUUCAACGGACGUUACCUUAAUACAUCAUGAAUAGUAAUGAUAAGCCAAAGUUAGCUAAAGUUACAAAACUACUUGGCCGUACUGGAUCUCAAGGACAGUGUACUCAGUGCUGAAUCGAAACCUGAAAUGAGUGGUCGAAAACCUGAAAAGCCUGAGUGGGUAUUAUGUAAAUACUGCAAUCUUUACUUUACAAAAUAUAUUGUUGGAAAACACCAACAAAGUUGUUCUGAUGACAGUAUUGACUCAUUGGACACUUCAAGAUUAUCUGAAUUGUUUGUGAGAACUGCUUAUAUUAAAGAUGGAAUAUUUAGUGGUUUUGCGAAAAAUUUGGAAACACUUGUUGAUGAAAAAAUAACAUAUUUUAAAUCAGAUUUGGUUUUAGUCAACCCUGCCACAUUAAAAUGUUGCAAUUUGCCUAUAGCUUGUUCUGUUUUGAUAUGUUACCAGGGAAAAGAAACUUAUGGUACCAUUUGGACUUCAAGCGCAGUUGUAAUUGAUUCUAUAUUUCUUAGUAAAUCUCAUAUGAGUACAUUGGCUAUUGCAGAAAAUGAAUUAGUUACUAUAUCAAAAAAUGAUUCUCAUUCGGUAUUAGCAUCUACAAUUUUAUUUAAACCAAGAGAUAUUUUAUCUAAAAAUAAUUUUGUUAAUGUGUAUGAUCUACUGAUGAAUAAAUUAGAUGAUAGCAUAGUUACAAAAGGAGAUAUUGUUUUUUGUCCAUUCUAUGAGAGUGAAUUAUCCUUUAUUGUUGUUGAAAUAAUGUGUGAUUUUAGAACUCAGUAUGAAAAAGUUAUUGAUAACAUUGCAACUUUAUCUUUAGCUGGAAGUAAAGAGUUGUUUACACCUACAAAGUCAUCUCCUUCUAAAUAUGUUGCUUAUUGUUUAAAUAAAGAAACUGUUUUAAAACUAGAUAUUGAGGAUGAAUUAAGUGUUAAGAGCAAUUUAAAUUCAGGGCAUUUUUUUAAGUUAAGUGAUAUGGGUGGUGUAGAUGUUCAGGUAAAAUUAUUGGAGGAGCUAGUGCAGCUUCCAUUUGAAAAUUCCUUACUGUAUAAAGAGUGUGGCAUUAAUUUAACACAUGGAAUCAUUUUCUAUGGUCCAAGUGGUACUGGUAAAACUCACUUGGCAAAUGCUUUUGUAAAUGAGCUAAGUGGAGUAAGCUUGACUAAAAUUAGUGGUCCUGAAAUAAUAAGUAAAUAUUAUGGUGAGUCUGAACAGAAUUUAAAAAAAAUAUUUAUGAGUGCACUCAGUCAGGUCCCAUCUAUUCUCAUAAUAGAUGAAUUUGAUAUAUUGUGUCCUUCUCAAAACUUGUCACAAAAUGAAUCUGAGAAGCGAAUUAUAUCUACACUUUUAACCUUAAUGGAUAAUAUCCCUGCUAAUGACUUAUUUGUUGUAUUUGCAAUUACCAACAAUUUAGAAGGUGUUGAACUGUCUUUGAGAAGACCUGGUAGAUUCGAUCAAGACAUUGAAGUAGGUGUUCCAAAUGUACAGCAACGUUUUAAUAUACUCAAAAAGCUUAUCGCUAACUUCAAACAUAAGAUGGGUGACAAAAGUAUUCAGGAACUAGCCUCUUUAACACAUGGCUAUGUUGGCUCAGAUUUAAAGGCAUUAUGUAAAGAAGCAGGAAUGAUAUCAAUGAAACGUCUACUUCUUGAUAGCAAAUGUUUGCCUGAUAGGAAUUCAGUUAAUUUUUCAUUAUCACUUAAUGACUUUAAAGUUGCUCUUUCUAAAAUUGGACCAAGUGCCAUGAAAGCUUUAACUGUUGAUGUGCCUAAAGUUUAUUGGACAGAUGUUGGCGGUCAAAGUGAAGUAAAGCAAAAGCUAAGAGAAGCAAUCGAGUGGCCAUUAAAUCACCCUGAAGUAUUUAAAAGGUUAGGUAUUUCUCCUCCUCGUGGAUUGCUAAUGUAUGGACCUCCAGGUUGUUCAAAAACAUUGAUGGCAAAAGCUUUAGCAACUGAAAGUGGUUUAAACUUUAUUUCAAUCAAAGGACCUGAACUCUUUAAUAAAUACCUUGGAGAAUCUGAAAAAGCUGUCAGAGAAGUGUUUCGUAAAGCAAGAAAUGCUGCUCCUUCUAUAAUUUUUUUUGAUGAGAUUGAUGCACUUAGUAUACAGCGUUCUUCUAAUUCUAAUUCUGUUGUUGGAGAUAGGGUUUUAGCUCAAAUUUUGACUGAGUUAGAUGGUGUUGAAUCCUUGGAUGGUGUUGUAAUAGUUGCAGCAACUAACAGGCCUGAUGUUAUUGAUCCUGCCUUAUUACGUCCUGGUAGAAUAGAUAGAUUAAUAUAUGUACCCUUGCCAAAUAGUGAAAGUCGCAGAGAAAUAUUAAGUAUUCAGUUUAGAUCAAUCCCUGUUGCAAAUGAUGUUGAUAUUAAUGUUCUUGUCGAACUUUCUUCUGGAUAUUCUGGUGCAGAAAUAUGUUCUAUAUGCCGUGAAGCUGCAAUGUUUGGAUUAAGAGAAGAUUUUGAUUGUGUUAAAGUAUCUCAGCGUCACUUUUUGACAAUGUUUAAUCAAAUUAAACCUGCUACAUCAUCUGAAACAAUCAAGUUUUUUGAUGCGUAUGCUUGUAAAACAACAGGGUUUUUAUGAUAUUGAAUAAGUUUAAAAUAAAUUUUAAAAAAUGUUGUUUUUAUUUGUGAAAAAUGUUGUCUUUGUAUAUUUAGAUAAAAAAUUAUUUAAAAGCAAUGAUGAGCAAACUAGCAUGAUCUAAUAUGAUUGUUUAUUCAAUUGUCUGUCUGAGCUUCUUUUUUAAUAGU